AUGCAGUUCCAACUUUCCACUCUACUCAUGGCUCUGGCUACCUCAGUCAUUGCCGCACCUAAUCCUGUCACCGAAACAGGACUUUCAAAGCGUGUCGACCACUUCGGCUUGGCCACCGUCUACACCCAAAACGGCGGAACAGGCUCUUGCGGAAAGAAAAACUCUGACUCCGCACACAUCGUUGCACUCUCCAACUACUGGCAAAAGAACCAGUCACCAGGUCCCUACUGCGGACGCAAAGUGCAAGUCACCAACACCGGGUCCAACGAUGGCGUCGGUGGGAAGGGCAACACGAUCAUUGCAACUGUAGCGGAUACUUGCCCUGGCUGUGAUGAGAAUCACAUCGAUUUUAGUGUUGGUUCUUGGAACCAAUUGACAAACAAUGCUGCGUUCGGAACUGCUAAUAUCAAGUGGCACUUCUGCAAUGCCAACGGACAAUGCUAA